CCUUGGCUUUUAGGUGACUACCUGUGUCACACAAAUAGAUGGCACAAGAUACUUAAAUCUAGAAACAGGUCCACAUCUACAGUCGUUCAUCUCUCUGCACAAAGUGAUCAGGCCGUCUGUAGCUGCAGUCAAUCACAUGACUGAGAAGUCAGGCUGAACAUGUGCGACUUCCUGCCGUUGAAAACAGAGGGGGACAGCCAGCAGAGCCAUCAACAGGAACGGAAUAUACUUUUUUUUUCUUGCUGCAUUCUUCUGAAGGAAAAAGACCAGAGGGAAACAACGAUGAUCUUCUUGAUAUAGUUCAAGAUACGGAGCGCAGUCUGCUCAUUUGUAUUGUAUUGCAGAAGUAGCUGAACUAAUUAAGUCACAUAUGUUUUUCCCGGAUAGUGUUUAAUUGUUUCGGUCACAGAGGAGUGACCACAUUGUUGGUUGUUGCUGAAGAAGAUCCAAAAAAACAAAACAAACAAACAAAAAAACCUGAACAUAUGGAGUGCCAGCAGUGGGAAUGGGAAGAGAGACAUGGUGAUGGUGACACUGAUGAGAUUCUUUGUGGAAUUCAAGGGGAGUUGUAUAGUCAGUAUGCCUCUGACGUCUAUCCCCACCCCUGGCUGGAGAGGGACAUUGAGGCAGUCAGGACUCUGUAUUCAGACUCUGCAGUCUCUGUCAGGGAGUAUGGGUCAAUUGAUGAUGUGGAUGUGGACUUAAAAAUGUAUGUCAACUUUUUGGAUGAGGAAGCAGCUCAAGCCUGGAGGGUUAAUCUAUCAGAGCCCAUCAUUAUCCGUCUGCAGUUUUCUAUGUCUCAGUAUUUGGAUGGACCUGCACCUUCAGUUGAGGUCUUUCAACCAUCUAAUACUGAUCAAUUCAGUCUUGGGAAACAAUUGCAGAAUAUUCUUACAGUCUUCAUAUCCCGAGUGUGGAAGCACCUGACAAAUGACAACACUGUAACCCGGCAGAAGAACAGGCACAGCUGGUUCAGGCCACGUGGAACCAUGAAGAAAUACUGCGCAAGACUUAGCAUCAGGCUGCCACUAUCGAAGCAAAAGGAGCUCCAGGAACCGGCUGUGAGGGGUCGGAUCAUUUUACCAGCAAUGAAGCUGAACAGUUUCACAAAUCAUACAACUUCCUACACCAUUAAGAAUCCCAUCGGAGAACUCUUCACCUACACACCCAGUGGAAAGAGAGUGAUGGUCUCGGCAGUGAAAUCAUCAGCACAGCUUAACACUAAACAGCUGAUAGAGCUGCUCUUCACAUCCCAGGCAAUCGGGCACUGUAAGACCACACCAACUCUGCAGCACGGCUUCUUGGUACAGAUAAUGAGGUAUGCAGAGCAGAGGAUCCCAACACUGAAUGAAUACUGUGUUGUUUGUGACGAGCGACACCUGUUUCAAAAUGGACCCAUGCUUAAGCCAGCAGUUUGCAGCAGGGAGCUGUGUGUGUUUUCCUUUCAUAUGUUGGGGGUUAUGUCUGGAGCUACAGAAGAGGUUGCCACCGGUGCAGAGGUGAUUGACUUGUUGGUAGCCAUGUGCAGAGCUGCCCUUCAGUCUUCACGCAAGAGCCUCAUUUUUGAACCGUACCCUUCUAUUGUUGAUCCACGCAACCCCAAAAUUCUCGCCUUUAGCCCAAAGAGAAGAAGCUAUGAGAGGCUGCAGAAAGCUCUGGACAGUGUCUUGUUAAUCAGGAGGAUGGCACAGGGUCCAUAUUCUGAGAUUAAAAAGCAGCUGGACAGGAUAGACCCUCUUGCUCAUCCAUUACUACAGUGGAUUUUAGCAAGCAACAGAUCACACAUUGUGAAGCUUCCGCUGAACAAGCAACUGAAGUUUAUGCACACACCCCAUCAGUUCCUGUUGAUCAGCAGCCCUCCGUGUAAAGAGGCUCGCUUUCAAACGGCCAGAAAACUUUAUGGCAGCACCUUUGCUUUCCAUGGUUCCCACAUUGAAAACUGGCACUCUAUUUUGAGAAAUGGGCUGGUUAACGCAUCUUACACAAAAUUGCAGCUCCAUGGUGCUGCAUAUGGGAAAGGCAUCUAUUUGAGUCCCAUUUCAAGCAUAUCAUUUGGCUAUUCUGAAAUGGGUAACGGUCAACACAAAAUACCUACCAAAGAGGAACUCUUACAGAAACACAAACGAAUAAACCAAAUCCAGAAGGAAGAGAUGGGGGAAGCCAGGUUUCUGCAAAGCACUAACCUAAACUGUGUUGCACUCUGUGAAGUGAUAACUUCAAAAAACCUUCAAAAGCAUGGCAACAUUUGGGUGUGUCCAAUUUCUGACCACGUGUGCACACGGUUCCUCUUUGUCUAUGAAAACGGUUCGGUGGGAGACGUCAACAUCAACACUCAAGAAGACAAAAUCCAGCGGGAAAUUUCACAACUGUCCUCAGUGCUGAAAAGAGCAAGGACAUCUUUUCCUUCACUUCAGUGGGAUUAGUGGAAGAAAUGCCCUCUUUAUUCUGCUGGCUGCCAUCUCAGUGCUCAU